ACCACCGUAACAUUUCAGUUGGACUACGUCGCACGCAAGACAGCCUAGGCUUUAUCCUAUUCCGAACUUGAUCUUCCAGACAUCGCUUCGAUCACAGGACGCAAAGUAAAGUUACAAUGGAAACAGAAUGUCAAACAUCUCAGGCAGACGAGGAAGGACCCCCAAAGAAGCGACCUCUGACGAAACUCCUUCCGCCCGCCCAAGGUACUACAUCUCAGGCCACUGCCCAAGGAGACGAGCAACUUGCCCCCGAGACUCAGGCGCUCACUGAAACCGCGUUUUCCUCGUCUCAACCCCCGGCAACGACAGGGCAACUCCGGGCCAAAAUCGACAGCUUGAUUGGGGGCCAGCAGGUGCCAAACGUGGGCGACCCCGAGGAGCGGAGCAAGCUCCUGAGAGAAACGUUUAUCAACAACGUCUGGCCCGCCGUGCAAGGUGACUAUAAGGGGAUGACGGAGGGGCUCAAGGAGUUGCUGGAAAAAGGUCUCAUGAACGAAGGCAUCCAUGCUGGGCUCUCCGCGCGAGUCAAAGAGGUCGAGUCUAUCGACAAGUCCCUUCGGCGACGUAACGAUCAUCUCGCCAAAAACAAAGGAAAGCGAUUCGAAAGCUUGGACGACGUGCUACGCCACAUACACGACCUAGCCGGGCUAAAGAUUGUCGUGCCAUUCCGAAACCAGCUCACCAAAGCCAAGGAAUUCAUCGAGCGGACCUUUUCGCAACAGGGCGAGCCCACCCACUUUUUGCCCGACCGCGAAAUCGGCCAGAAAUGGAAGAAGUUCGAGUUCGGCGCCUACGAAACCCUCAACUAUCGCCUUAGCUACCGAACCGGGCAAUAUCGCGACGUAACCUUUGAAGUGCAGCUUACGGACCUGGCCGAGCACCUGUUCAACAUAUUCAACCAUUACUUUUUGUAUAAGCGCGCCGAUAGGUCCCUCACCAAGGCCGACGAGAUGGUGCUGGGCCAGCUGCACGGUCACGCAAAGAGCUUCACGCUCUCCAUUCAGCAACUUGUGGAGCACAGGCUGGAGCCACCUUCUCAGAUGCGAGGCGUUCAGCAAGGCGAUGGAGAUGCCGGGGUGUUUAUGGCCUGCAACCUUCUAUCCAGCUUUAUACAUGAGUUUAAUACAAUCCUCAACUACAUCAUGAAGGGUGUGAAGGGUGGCGAAGCGCCGGCUAGGAGCGGCGACCAAGGAGGUUUUACAGAGCAGCUGAGCCAACUGUUCGACCGAAUCCAAAAUGCUAUUGGCGAAACCAAGCGCCCGCGGUAUCACACCAUACCGUUUCCGCGUAAUGAAGCCCUUGUGAAGCGUGGCGGCAUCUUCUUAGAGCUUGACAGGCUGCUCCCGUCGCGGGCCGAGUCGCAAACCGCCGCGCUAUGGGGCCUGGGCGGGUCCGGGAAAACGCAGGUGGCGCUCGAAUAUGCGUACCGCCGGUGGCAUAACAGUGCACCCUGUUCGGUCUUUUGGGUGCAUGCCGACAACGAGGCGACGUUCACGCAGGAUUACCAAUCGAUUGCGAGGAAAUUGCGCUUGCCGGCGAACCUGCAAGACGAAGAGCUGCUAGCGGCGGUGCGGGACCGUAUCGAAGCUGAGCCUUCUUGGGUGCUUAUCCUCGACAACGCCGACAACCUCGGAUUGUUUGGCGUGGGUUGGAAAUCGCCGGGCGCGAGCGGGCAGCCGCAUCGGACGACGACAAAUUACGCGCCAAAAAAUCUGCGCCAAUUCGUCCCCUGGGGCCCUACCGGGACGGUUUUAUGGACGACCCGUGACGAGAGGAUCGCCGGCAGCCUCGUUGUUGCUCGACAAACAAUCAACGUGGCGCGCAUGGAGGCAGAUGAAGCGGUAAAGCUGCUCGAAACAAUAAGAAACCAAGCCAUUGACGACACGGAGCGGGAUGACGCCUCAGCGUUGCUUGCCGAACUCGACUGGCUCCCGCUCGCGAUUUCGCAGGCUGCGGCAUACAUUCGGCGGACGCAAACGCCGAUUAAGGAAUAUCUGUCAAAGCUAAAAGGAGGGAAAAGACGAUGGAGAAUUCUUCGAGCAUCGGAACCUGACGUUCAUCGGAGAUGCGAAGUAUCGAACAGCAUUCUGGAAACGUGGAACAUUUCCAUCGAGCACAUCCGACAGGAAGAUGGAAUGGCAUACAACAUUUUGCAUAUUCUGGCGUUUUUGGACAACCAGAAUAUUCCUGAGCAAAUGGUGAAAAAGGCAGCAAAGCAUUUCGAAAGCCGGCGGGCACAAUCAAGUGACAGCGAGGACGACAGCGACAGCGAGGACGAAAACGCUAUAAAUGCCAUCACGCGCCUUCGGCAAUUUUCGUUUCUGAACCUACGCGCACCCGAUUGGGGCCGUGCGUAUGAGAUGCACAAGUUGGUGCAAGAGGCCGCUCGAUACCGCCUGCGAGCGAAGGAGGACGAAACGCUUUUUGCGAAAGCAGCGCUCCGUAUUGCCAACGAUCUCUUUCCGGAAAGACGACGAGAGCUUUGGGAGGAAGGAGAGAAAUACCUUGUGCACGCACAGCGAGUGGGCGAGUGGGCGGAGCUGUGUGGAGAGGAAAAGGCGGCGGCGUUGCUAAGUCGAGUAUCAGAUUAUUUAUACGAUCGUGGAAGGUGGAGAGAAAAGGAGCCAGUUGAUGGGAGAGUGUAUAAACUUCGGAAAAAAAUGCUUAGCGACAAGCAUCCCGAUACGAUCCGGAGUAUGGCAGAGCUCGCAACGACAUACCACCAGCAAGGGAGGUACGACGAAGCAGAAAAAAUGCAUAUGGAGGCGCUGGCGCUGCGGCGGGACGUGCUCGGCAACAAGCAUCCCGAUACGAUUUGGAGCAUGGUUUCAAUCGCAGCGACAUACCACCAGCAAGGGAGGUACGACGAAGCAGAGAAGAUGAACGCAGAGGUGCUGGCACUGCGGCGGGAUGUGCUCGGCGACAAACAUCCUGAUACUACCCAAAGCAUGUACUGAUUAGCUUUUACGUGGAAUAGCCUAGGCCGGUAUGAUGAGGCAUUGGCGUUGAUGAACGACUGCGCCCAGUUACGGAGCCGCGUCCUUGGUCCAAACCACCCUGGCACGCAGGAUUCCCUACGUUUGUU